AUGGCUUCUCAGAUCCUCCCUCUAGAACUUAUUGACAAAUGCAUUGGUUCGCGGAUAUGGGUAAUUAUGAAGAGCGACCGCGAGUUCACCGGCACAUUGCUCGGAUUUGAUGACUUCGUUAACAUGGUGCUAGAGGAUGUCACGGAGUACGAAACUACGCCCCAGGGCAAGAAGAAGACAAAACUCGCACAGACGCUGUUGAAUGGCAACAAUAUAUGCAUGCUUAUUCCUGGUAGCAAUGGACCCGACGAUGCAUAG